UCUGUUUUACCGAAAAACGCCUUUCCCAAACUGACUGUAUCUCGGAAAAAUCUCUACUGGUCCUGCUACUACUUUCUAGCACACAACUUCAAGGAAGAAAAUCAAAGGAAAGGAAAGAGCCAACGCGACAAGAGGGGGAAAAAAAAAAGGAUUGAAGGGGUUCCUGAAGGAGACGCUAAGUUCUGGUCUUCAAUUGAGAUUUGUCUUUUGCAGCAGUGGUUGAUACCUUGGCCUCGUCUUCUCAGUUUGGUACUGAGGAGUACAGCGAUGGCUCUUCUUGAUCAAGUGUCCAACGUGGCUUCUGUCCCAAUGGAUUACUCUAGAAAGAGGAAGUCUAGGAGGAGGGAUGGAACCAAUAAUGUAGCAGACACACUGGCAAAGUGGAAAGAGUACAAUGACAAGCUUGACUCUUUGGAUGAGGAAGGCAAAGUAAUUCGUAAAGUUCCUGCAAAGGGAUCAAAGAAAGGAUGUAUGAAAGGUAAAGGAGGUCCUGAAAAUGCUCGCUGCAACUAUAGAGGUGUUAGGCAAAGGACAUGGGGCAAAUGGGUAGCUGAAAUUCGCGAGCCAAACAGGGGUAGCAGGCUUUGGUUGGGUACAUUUGGGACUGCAGUUGAGGCUGCACUUGCUUAUGAUGAAGCUGCAAGAUCAAUGUAUGGCCCAUGUGCCCGUCUGAAUCUUCCCAAUUACGGACCACAACAGGAGGCUUCCAUUGAAUCCUCUUCUUUUCCAGCCACAUCAGCAUCGGACUCCACCACAACUUCCGGCCUUUCUGAGGUCUGUCCACCUGCAGAUAGGGAUGCUGAACCUAACUCAAACGUGAAGGAAGAAGAUGGUGAGGGUGAAUCAAGAAUCCAGGAUACCAGGCCUUUGACUUGGGUAGAUGCUGGUACUCCACUGUGUACAGUUAAGGAAGAGCCGAAAGAUGGGCACAUGGAAGCUUUAGAUAUGAGUAUCCAAGCAGAGGCGCCUGUUAAGAAUGAGACAUUCAACUCUAGCGAUGAGCCGUUGGAUACUUUGGUGUGGGAUGAAAUGUUUGACAUUGAUGAAAUGUUGAGCAGCUUGAACUCUGGACCCACACAUGGUUCAGGAUCUCAAUAUGAGUUGGUUGGUAUUAAUGGCGGGCAAUUUUUGAAUGGCAAUAUGCAGCCCUCAGAGUUCCUGUAUCAAAUGCAGAGCCCAGAUGCAAAAGUUCUAGGAAGUUGCCAGAACAUGGAGCAGACAUCUCAGGGAGUUGAUUAUGGUUUUGAUUUCCUGGAGCCUGGCAGAGAGGAGAAUUCCCAGUUUGCUUUGGAUGAUUUAGGAUUCUUUGAUCUGGAUGCUGACUUGGGGAUUUGAUUCAGUUUGCUGUACCAACAAAGCAAUCUUCAAUUUGUUCUGAGGAUCUUUCAAGUGUAGGAGCACACUAGGCUGUGAGAGAGUAUAUGUGAAACUUGAAUUACUAUAAUUCAUCUAGUAUUUGCUACUAACAUCUCUGCUUUUAGCUAACAAGAAAUAUCAGCUGAUUCUCUGUAUGUUUUUUGGUGGGAGAAUUUAGCCAUGACAUAGGUUUUGGUUACAAAAUUCUUUUGUAAAUAUGAGGGGAGCUAGCUAUCUGCUUUUCUACAUACGUUCUUUUGGUUUGAACGAAGUAUGGAUGUCAAUAUGGAUGUCAAUAAAGAAAUAUCUGCAAUUUUUUUUUGUAUAUUAGAAA